AUGGAUCGCUACCUGCUGCUGGUGAUCUGGGGGGAAGGAAAAGCCCUAUCGUCCUCCACUGGGGAGGCGAAGCUCGGGCCAGGGGCGCCAUGGACUGAGGGCACGGAGAAGCAGCCGGACUUAACAGCAGCUGCUCAUGUUUAUCACCUCCUGAAAAGAAGCAUCAGCGCUUCAGUUAAUCCAGAAGAUAGCACUUUCCCUGUCUGUUCAGUGGGCGGCAUACCUGGAUCCAAGAAAUGGUUCUUUGCGGUGCAGGCGCUAUGCGGAUUUUAUCAGUUUUGUAGUUCUGACUGGGAUGAGAUGCAUUUUGAUACAGAAAAAGAUGAAAUUGAAGAUACUCUUCAAACAAACAUGGAAGAAUGCUUGACUGCUGUUGACUGUUUUGAGGAAGAAGAUGGGAAUAGCAGGGAAUCCUUGUCCUUGGCUGAUUUAUAUGAAGAAUCUGCAGAAAAUUUACAUCAGUUAUCAGACAAGCUUCCUGCACCUGGUCGAGCAAUGAUCGAUAUCCUGCUGCUGCCCUCUGACAAAGAUUUCCCUAAACUGAAAGACUGUUUGCCUACCUUGGGAGCAUUCAAGCAUUUGAGGGAAUGGCAUUCAGCAAAAAUCACCAUAGUAGGCAAUCAUGGUGAAACAAAUUGUCAGAAAAUUGCUGAAUACCUUUCUGCUAAUGUUAUGCCUUUCGAAGAUCUCAGAAAUGCUAUUGACUCAAAGGAGUUAUGGAGGGGAAAAAUUCAUAUAUGGGAAAGAAAGUUUGGAUCUGAAAUGAGUUUUCCUGAUUUUUCAUUAAAGGGAGUCACACCUAAGACUUUUAGUACAACUAAUUUAAAUACUUGCUUUCUUGCUGAAAAGCCGAUACCAUCAAAGGAUAAGAAUAUUUUGCCAAAGGUUUUCCAUUAUUAUGGGCCUGCUUUAGAAUUUGUGCAGAUGAUAAAAUUAUCAGAGCUCCCCUCCUGUUACAUGUCGGACGUUGAAUUUGAAUUAGGACUGACAAAACACAAUACCAAACAGAAUUCCACGUUGCUGUUGGAACAGAUUUCUUCUCUGUGUGGCAAGGUUGGUGCUCUUUUUGUAUUGCCUUGUACUGUUAGUAGCAUACUUGUUCCACCUCCCAACCAACUCAGUUCAAGAAAAUGGAAGGACUCUAUAGCUAAAAAGCCCAAGGUAACUAAUGUUCCAGAUGUUGAAGUGAAAGGAGAGUGUUCUGGCUAUUAUUUCUUGGUGCAAGGUAAUGGCGAUAAAAGAUGUAAAGCGACUUUGAUUUACUCAGCCAACCAGAUCAAUGGCUCGUUUGCACUCAGUUAUAUUCAUGGGAAGAUGAAAGCCAACAUUGAAGAGACCAAACCAAGCUCUCCUUUUGACUUCUUGUCACUUCCGCAUUUUUCUGGAGAACAGAUUGUACAGAGAGAGAAACAAUUAGCCAGUGUCCAAGCUUUGGCGUUGAAAGAAUGCUUGAAAAGGAAAAAGUUGGCAGAGAAGCCUGAAGCAGUUUCUAUUGGUGAGCUCAAAACUUUGUUAGUAAUCACAAGGGACCUCUUUUUAGAUCCGUUUAAUGCUAUUAUUCCUAAGACGACUCAUAUAAAGACCGACCAAAACAUCGCCAAUAUGUUAAAUGAUGCAACCCCAAUGGAACCUGAUUCUUUACAUCUAAAGGAAACCAAUCCUCUGGAAUGGCCAGAAAGGCAUGUUCUUCAGAACUUGGAAACUUUUGAAAAAGCUAAACAAAAACUGAGAACUGGUUCUUUACCUCGAUCUUCUGAACAGCUGCUGGGUCACAAAGAGGGUCCACGGGACUCGAUAACGUUAUUGGACGCUAAAGAGCUGCUUAAACAUUUUACUUCCGAUGGAUUACCAGUUGGAGAUCUCCAACCUUUACAAGUUCAAAAGGGGGAAAAGACAUUUGUUCUGACACCUGAACUGAGUCCUGGGAAACUGCAAGUCUUACCUUUUGAAAAAGCCUCAGUGUGCCAUUAUCAUGGAAUUGAAUACUGCUUGGAUGACCGAAAAGCUUUAGAAAGAGAUGGCGGAUUUUCUGAACUUCAGUCUCGUCUUAUUCGUUAUGAAACUCAAACUACCUGCAGCAGAGAAGGUUUUCCAAUACCAACUGUGUUGAGUCCUCUUCCGUCCCCUGCCGUUUUAUCAGAGCCUGGAAGUGUCCCUGAUGGAGAAGCUGUACAAAGUGAACUUCGAACUGAAGUCUCCCGAUUGAAAAGGCGAUCAAAGGACCCGAAAAGCCUUUAUCCUAAAAAAAGACUCGUGGAAUCUGAAAGUUCAGAUUCUCUUCUUUCUCAGACCAGUGGCAGUAGCUGUCUUCCCCAUCCUGUGGUGACAUCUCAAAGGGCCCAGGCUAAGCGCUCAGCACCCACGGCUGGUCCAUCUGUACCAGUUCCGGAAGGCGCACAAGUCACCGCAAAGGACAGAGCUGCUCGAAAGAGUCUGCCAGAAUCAAAAACAUCCAGGCGAAUGAAGGAAUCAAGAUCACAGAAACACACCCGGAUAUUGAAAGAAGUUGUCACGGAGACCCUGAAGAAACACAGGAUAACUGAGACUCACGAAUGUUUCACUGCUUGCAGCCAGCGUCUCUUUGAAAUCUCCAAGUUCUAUCUAAAGGAUCUUAAAACGUCACGGGGUCUAUUUGAAGAAAUGAAGAAAACAGCGAACAACAAUGUUGUACAGGUGAUUGAAUGGGUUUUAGAAAAGACAAGCAAGAAAUGA